UUGCCGGUAGUGAUUUACAAAGGCCUAGACAUCGUCACCGCCAAAGCAAGUCGUCAGGAGCGCGAACUCGUCAGACACCACCUCUUGGAUAUUUUAGAGCCGAAUCAGAUGUUCACUGUCGUCGAUUUUCGUAACAGAGCUCUUAAACUCAUACAAAAUUUAACGGAAAGAGGGAAAAUUCCGAUAAUUGUCGGCGGCACAAAUUACUACAUCGAAUCUAUUGUAUAUAAAAUUCUUGUUGAAGAUAUGGAUGACUCUGAUGCUCUGUUAUGGGAUAAAAGUAAAAGAAAGCGAGAUUUUGACGUUGAUGAAGAAAAAGAAGAGGUACAAAUUAAGAAACGUUCAACAGACGGUAGCGAUACAAAAAGAGAAAUUUCGGUAGGUGAAACUAGCGAAUUAAAUGUGGUGAAGUCUGAUGAUGUCGAUAAAGAAAAGUUGAAAGACGAUAUCGAUAACGAAAAAAAAUUCACCAAUGAAGAGAUUCACGCGAAACUUAAAGCAAUAGAUCCAGUAAUGGCUUCACGACUUCACCCGAAUAACAGAAGGAAGGUUCUAAGGUAA